CAUAUCUGCCAUAUUUUACCCGUUGCAAAGUUAGCGUUGAAAAUGAGCACUAAUGACAGACAUUAACUUAUACUGAGCUGGAGAUAGCUAGUAGGUAUAAGAUGAGUUUUACUUAACUGGUUAUCGGGUGGGUUAGUUUCCCUAAUUGAUAGAUAAUAUUUUAGGCUCUAUAAGCAUGACUUAGUACUUAUGAUACGACAGAGGUGAGAGAGUAAAUAAGUUACUGACACUAAUUUAUAAUAUUAUUUACAGUAAAAUAGAUAAGUUAUUAAUUAUUGUUUUAUAAAUAAAGUCAGUGUUCUCGACCCUUGAGUCGAGACUAGACCUAUAUCUGGGACCUAACUAGUGCAAGAGAAAAUACUGUGUUCACAUAAUGAUAAGACAUUCAAUACUGUUCCUAUGGAUGAUAUUAGCCGCAUCUUCCCUCACUGCUCCUAGCCGAAGCAAGCAAUACCGCAAAGACUACAUUUACAACAAAAAGACGGAUGCGUUUUACAAACUACACAUCGAGACGGUGGCUCGGCACCGCGCUCGCACUAUGUGCACUUACGAGGGGGCCAAGCUGAUGGUCCCCGAGUCUGCCAAGGACAUCGCCCAACUGCAUAUGCUGCUGAAGGACUACCCGGACAUAGGCCCUUAUGUGUGGAUCGAGGACGACGGGAAGUCGCAUGAGUCGGCCGAGGAGCAGCCUUUGAUUAAUUUGGAGUCCCCCGAAGGCACGGACCCCCCAGGGUUCACUAUCAGCCACUGCGACGUGGUGACGCGGCGCGGGCUCGUGGAGUCCCUGCCCUGCACCGCACUGCUGCCCUUCGUAUGUAAGGUGGACGCUGAGGAAGCACCGUAUGACCCUGUUUGUGAUGUUUAUGGGAAAGAAUACAUCUACAACGCGACGCUAGGCAGCUGCUACAGGGUGUCAAAGAUCGCGAUGACCUGGUCCCAGGGCUACAGCGAGUGCCGCGGCGACGGCGCGCAUCUCCUGAUCCUCAACUCCAGAGAAGAAGACCAGGCCGUCAUGGACCUGCUGAGGAGGUCCUUCCCAGAGAACGCGCGGGUACACUGGUUCUACUUCGUCGGAUUCAGAGCCCAUGCUGAGAAUGGCACGAGGGUGUUCCGGACUGUUUUUAACCAGACCCUAGAGCAAGCAGGCUUCAGCUCCUGGUCCCCCGGCGAGCCGAACAACUACCAGGGGACUGAGGACUGCGGCUCCCUGUUCAAGAACAACGGCAAGUUCAAUGACGUGAAUUGCGCGCACCAGUACGGCGUCAUCUGUGAGAAGGAAAUAGGGAAGAGAGACUGAUUAAUAAGGGUAGU